GAAAACAAAAUUUUGACGUUAAAGAAUUUGCGGAUAAUCAAAUAGAUAUAAAUGUAUAUUGUAUAUUGUAACAAAACCUGAAAGAAUUUUACUAUUUUUGUAAUGACGGAUGAGAGAAAUUUUCGUUCGACCUACUAUGAAAAAGUUGGUUGCAGAAGUGUUGAAGAAAAAAAGUCUUUGAAUAUUUUAUUAAAAGAUAAACCUUUUAAUAGAAUUAAAUUGAAACAAUUUUGUUUAAGUUUUAGUGUCCCUGCUGCACAGAGGUCGCUACUAUGGAAUAUAAUACUUGGUGUUUGGCCUGUUUAUCCCGAUUCCACAAAGUACGUUAUGGAGCAGCGGAUCGCAGUCUAUGUAGACAUAUUUCAAGCUGUGAACAUUAUGAGGUAUAUCAAUGAUAAAACACCUAAAGCUAGAGUUUUUUAUGUGAUGUGGCUUUUGGAAACAAGGAAAUUGCAUCCAGAUUUUAAUAUAUAUGAAGAAACUCAAUUUGUGGAUAUCGCAGAAACAUUGCUGCAAGUGUUUGAAAGCGAUGUAGAAAUUUAUUGGAUAACAAAGGAGUUUUUUCAAUUUACUAAUGAAAUAAGGAGUGAAUUUUCUAAGCUGAAAGAAUUAACUUUAAAUAUUUUGGAAAAGGAAGAUACUACAAUAUUUACUUAUUUAGAAAAGCAUAAUAUUUUAAAUAACUUGCCGUUGGAAAAAUGGUACACCGGCUGUUUUUCAGGAAUAAUUAGCGAAACAGCUUUGAUUAGAGUUUGGGAUAAAAUAUGUGGCGGAUCAAGGAAAAUUGUUGUUUUUGUACUGCUAGUAAUCUUAAAGACUUUAAAAAUUAAUUUGAUGAAAUGCACCAAUGCUCAGCAGAUAAGAGAAUUAAUUGAAAAAAAAAAAGAAGACCAAGAUGAUUUGAUAGUAAAUAAGGCAAUAGAAUUAUGGCAAAAUAAUAAAAGUCAUUCCGAAUUUAUGGUUCACUAAAAUUAAAUUACAAGUUGGUUUGUAAAAAAAAAGGAAACAAGUUAAUUAUUAACCUUUGGUAUAUAUUUUGGCAUGGAAACAAAUUUUUGUGUCAACCAGUCAACAAUUCUUACAGGGAAGAUCUUAAACAAAAAGUAAUAAAUUUUGUACCUAAAAAUAAUAUAUUAAAAAAAAAAGAAUAUACAUAUACACAUAUGUGUGCAUAUUGUGAUAUAUAUGCAUACAGAAGAUGUUAAAAAUGAGAAU